AAUCAGUAUAUAUAGCCCUCCAAUUUUGUAGACGGCAAACUAAAUUAAGCAAGUAACAUUAUAGAAGUGUAUAUGGCUUCCAAACCAGGUAUCCUCACUGACUGGCCUUGGAAGUCUCUUGGAAGCUUCAAGUAUGUGAUAUUGGCUCCAUGGGUAGUUCAUAGCAUAUACACAUUAAUAAUCAAAGAUGGGAAGGAGAGGGACCCUGUUUACGUUCUAUUUUUCCCAUUUCUGUUAUGGAGGGCACUUCACAACCAGAUUUGGAUUUCUCUUGCUCGAUACCGAACAGCUAAGGGAAACAAUAGGAUCGUUGAUAAGAGUAUUGAAUUCGAGCAAGUUGACAGGGAAAGCAACUGGGAUGACCAAAUAUUGUUGAAUGGGAUCCUAUUCUACGUGGUUUACAUGAUACUUCCUGGGGUUGCUCACAUGCCCUUAUGGAGAACAGAUGGUGUACUUCUUACAAUUCUUCUUCAUAUGGGGCCUGUUGAAUUCCUAUACUACUGGUUACACAGAGCAUUGCAUCAUCAUUAUCUUUACUCACGCUAUCAUUCUCAUCACCAUUCCUCGAUUGUCACAGAGCCCAUCACCUCUGUCAUCCAUCCUUUUGCUGAACACCUAGCAUAUUUUCUACUGUUUUUAAUACCACUGUUAGCAGGAUUUUUCAUGAGAAAGAGCUCCAUGGCAGCCGUCUUUGGUUAUAUUUCUUAUAUUGAUUUCAUGAACAACAUGGGACACUGCAAUUUCGAGCUGAUCCCUAAGAUGCUAUUCUCCAUUUUUCCACCUCUUAAGUACCUCAUGUAUACCCCCUCGUAUCACUCUCUGCAUCACACUCAAUUCAGGACCAAUUACUCACUUUUUAUGCCCAUCUAUGAUUACAUCUAUGGUACAAUGGAUAAAUCUUCAGAUGCGUUAUAUGAAAAAUCACUUAUAAGACCUGAACAAUUGCCCCAUGUGGUUCAUUUGACACAUCUUGUAACGCCACAGUCCAUCUAUCAUCUGAGGCUAGGAUUCGCCUCCUUAGCCUCCAAACCUUACACAUACAAAUGGUAUGUAUGGGCAAUGUGGCCAGUGACAUGUUGUUCUAUAAUGCUAACAUGGACCUAUGGUCGAACGUUUAUUCUUGAGAGGAAUCAAUUCAACAAAGUCAAUGUCCAAACGUGGGUCGUACCAAAAUUCAAGAUACAAUAUCUCCUGAAAUUGGGAAAUGAAUCCAUCGAUAGUUUGAUAGAAGAAGCCAUACUCAAAGCAGACAAAAGAGGGAUUAAAGUUUUGAGUUUAGGUCUCUUGAACCAGGGUGAUGAGUUUAAUAGUUAUGGUGAGCUUUAUAUCCAUAAUAAUCCUAAGCUCAAAAUCAAGGUGGUGGAUGGGAGUAGCUUAGCAGUAGCUGUUGUUCUAAAUAGCAUUCCUAAAGGAACAACUCAAGUACUCUUCAGAGGCAACCUCACCAAGGUUGCUUAUUUUAUUGCUUCUGCUUUAUGCCAAAUGGAUAUCCAGGUAGCCACAUCACGUAAGGAUGAGUAUGAGCAACUCAACACAAAGCUCAAGAAUGUUGAGUGUGAAAGUAAAUUACUACUUUCUAAAAGUUUUACUGAAAAGAUAUGGGUGGUUGGAGAUGGAUUGACCAAAGAAGAACAAAUGAAAGCAUCGACAGGAACAUUAUUCAUUCCCUUUUCUCAAUUCCCUCCAAAGAGGUUGCGCAAAGACUGCCUCUACCACACUACACCAGCAAUGAUGCCUCCCAAGUCUUUUCAGAACAUAGACUCUUGUGAGAAUUGGUUGCCGAGAAGAGCAAUGAGUGCAUCGCGUGUAGCUGGGGUAAUUCAUGCAUUAGAAGGAUGGAAUGUGCACGAGUGUGGUAACACAAUGUUCAACGUUGAGAAAAUAUGGGAAGCUAGUCUCCAACAUGGAUUUCGUCCUUUAACGGUCCCCACAUGAUCAUAUGAUCACAUGCAUAAGCCAAUAUCUUUAUCUAUCUAUUUGUGUUGUUGAACUUGGAUAUCCUAUAAUUUUAGCUUGUUAUAUUAUAUAUGAAACUCAAUACCUACUUGUGUUUCAUGGGUAACUAAUAUUGGUUAUGUUAAUUUGGCUUUUCAAGUUGUUAUAAUACUUUAUUGUUUCC